AGAGAGAGAGAGGGGAAGGGGAGAGAGGAAAGGAUAGGGGGAGCGAAAGAGAGGGAGAGAGUAAGUGAGCUCGCGAAAAUUGAAUCCAUGUAGAAUCUCUAUGUAGGUGCAUUUGCCGGGGGAGAACACGCCAAAAGGGAUAUAGCCCGAGGAAGAUGAUGUGAAGAGAGCGGAGGGCCGAGAGGAGAGAGAGAGAGAGAGAGAGAGGGGGGACAGGCGCGUGAAAACCGCAGCACUCUCUAUUUGCGCCCCCUGCUGCUCCGCUUCUCCUGCCCUCUUUUUUCUGUUGCCAUGGUCACAGUACCUGCCCUGCCUCUCCUGUUGGCCCUGGUGGAAUGGGUGGGGCCGACUGUUGCCUCCCCUCACCUCUUGCUCCGCCCCCGGGAGCGUGAGCGAGACCAGGUGGCACCGAUGCACUUUAACAUUGCGGUGAUCCACGCAGGCUCCGUGGCUCAGGACGAGGCGGGGGUGACAGCGGCCGGAGGCAGGGUCUUGUAUCCAGGCUUCGGUCGAGUGCACAGCAGCUUCGGAGAGAGUGUUGUCACCAAGUGGGGCUAUGUUAAUGUCAUCUGGCUUCAGGUGAAUGACAGUAGUCCCAGGAGCCUGCUCUCCCAACUGUGUGACCUACUGGCAUCCAGACCUGUGCAGGGACUGGUGUAUGAGGAUGAGAGACCUCUCCCACUGGCUUCGGGCCCACUGGCCCCCAUGUUGGAAUUCGUCUCGGCCCAGACUGGCCUCCCUAUUGUGGCUGUCGGAGGGGGAGCAGGACUGGGCAGAGUGCCACAGGAGAGCGGCUCUAUCUUCCUGCAGUUUAGCACCUCCACUGCUCUCCAAUUGGAAGUGAUCUUUGAGGUGCUCGAGGAGUACGAUUGGACAGCCUUUUCUGUGGUUUCCACGCGUCACCAUGGCUACCAGGACUUCCUGUCUAUGGUCGAGGGUUUGACAGAUGGCUCCUUUAUUGGCUGGGAGAAGAAGAGCGUGGUGAUGCUGAAUUUAACCGAUGACCCAGGUGGAGCUCGCACGCGCAGGCUGCUGAAGGAGAACGAGGCGCAGGUCCGUCUGCUGUACUGCUCCCAGGAGGAGGCUGAGCAGGUGUUUCACGCAGCGUGGGCUGCUGGGCAGGCUGGAGCAUCUCAUAUGUGGUUUGCAGUGGGCCCGGCGCUGUCUGAGUUGGGUGUGAAUGGUUUACCCAGCCGCCUUUUUGCUGUGAGGCCUCAGGGCUGGAGAGAUGAACCACGCAAACGGAUUGCCCGGGGCGUUUCUGUCCUUAUUCAUGGAGCCAUGGCGCUGCGCCAGGACUACGGCACUACCACUGGGCCGCACUUUGUCACAAACUGCCAGACAGAUGGCAACAGGACCCAGAGGAUUCGCGGAAGAAUGAAAUAUUUCAGUAACAUCACCAUGAGUGGGAAGGAUUACUCUUUCAAUAACGAGGGCUAUCUGGCCAACCCCUUUCUGGAUGUCAUCUCCUACACACCCGGGAGUGGCUGGGAAGACGUAGGAUGGUGGGAGAACGGUGUGCUACGUUUACGAUACCCGGCCUGGUCUCGGUACGGCCCCUUCCUACAGCCUCCCGAUGAUGCACAGCACCUGAGGGUGGUGACCCUGGAGGAGCGGCCAUUCGUCAUUGUGGAGCUGGCCGACCCCGCUUCAGGAACCUGCAUCAGGGAUUCUGUGCCCUGCCGACGACCUCUCAAUGCCACGGCUCAUCAGGAAGGGGUGGCUCCUGUGAAACAGUGCUGCAAGGGCUUCUGCAUUGACAUCCUCAAGCGUUUGGCCAAGAUUGUGGGCUUCACUUAUGACCUCUACCUGGUCACCAAUGGAAAGCAUGGGAAGAAGAUUGACGGUGUGUGGAACGGCAUGGUUGGAGAGGUGGUGGAUAAACGUGCGGACAUGGCUAUCGGCUCCCUCACCAUCAAUGAGGAGAGGUCAGAGGUCAUCGACUUUUCAGUGCCCUUUGUGGAGACAGGAAUCAGUGUCAUGGUCUCCCGUAGUAAUGGCACAGUCUCACCCUCUGCCUUCCUUGAGCCAUACAGCCCUGCAGUUUGGGUGAUGAUGUUUGUUAUGUGCCUGACCGUGGUAGCAGUGACUGUCUUUAUCUUUGAAUUCUUUAGUCCGGUUGGAUAUAACCGCAGUCUGCAGAACGGCAAGAAAGCAGGAGGUUCUAAGUUCACCAUAGGAAAGUCCAUCUGGCUGCUGUGGGCUUUAGUCUUCAAUAAUUCUGUGCCUGUGGAGAACCCCAAAGGAACCACCAGUAAGAUCAUGGUGCUCGUCUGGGCUUUCUUUGCUGUAAUCUUUCUAGCCAGCUAUACAGCCAACCUGGCGGCCUUCAUGAUCCAAGAAGAAUACAUUGACACUGUGUCUGGCCUCAGUGACAAGAAGUUUCAGCACCCUACUGAACAAUACCCGCCCCUGAAGUUUGGAACGGUCCCGAAUGGCAGCACAGAGAAGAACAUUCGCAGUAAUUACCCCGACAUGCACCACUACAUGAUCAAAUACAACCAGAAAGGAGUGGAAGAGGCCAUCACCAACCUGAAGACAGGUAAGCUAGAUGCAUUUAUCUAUGAUGCCGCAGUGCUGAACUACAUGGCUCGUAAGGACGAGGGCUGUAAAGUGAUGACUAUAGGCUCUGGUAAAGUGUUCGCCACCACGGGCUAUGGCAUUGCUCUCAUUAAAAACUCCCGCUGGAAGCGACCACUGGACCUGGCACUGCUGCAGCUGGUGGGCGAUGAUGAAAUUGAGAUGCUGGAACGUCUCUGGCUUUCGGGGAUAUGCCACAAUGAUAAAAUUGAAGUGAUGAGCUCCAAGCUGGACAUUGACAAUAUGGCUGGAGUCUUUUACAUGUUGCUGGUGGCAAUGGGCUUAAGUCUACUGGUGUUUGCCUGGGAGCACCUUGUCUAUUGGAGGCUUCGACACUGCAUGAGUGGAAUGGGCCAAGCUGGAAAACUGGACUUUCUACUUGCCUUCAGCAGGGGAAUGUAUAGCUGUUGCAGUUUUGAGGAUGAAACUGCCCAAGGUGGACCCAAAGUCACCAUUCCCACCCACCAUCAUCCCUCUGUGGUGUCAGCCCCUCCCUCAUCCCAUGUUGUCACUGCAGGUGUUACCAAUCAAGCAAUUGCCAUGGUGCCACAGCAACAGCAGCAGCAACAACAACACCCACCUCAGCCUCCGCAAUCCUACAAAACCCCUCUUCCUGGGUCUCCUCCUUCAGUGGUACAUUCUGGGGGAUCUUUGGGGCCCUCUACCACACCACUUCUGGGUGCCCCUCUCCCAUGCUCCACAUUUCUGCCCCGACCUGACCGCAGACUGGCUGUAGUGGACCGCUGGAGACUGCCCAAAUCUACCAGUGCGACCACGCCUAUGAAUCUCAGAGGGGGCUUAUCUGACAUAGGGACCUUCCCCCAAAAGUUAGUUCCUACAUGGGCAGGGAGUGGACCUGCUGGAAGCACUUUGGAUGGAUAUAAGCGCUACUAUGGUCCCAUUGACCCUGAAGGCUUGGGGCCAUGUAUGGACCAACAGGCAGGUACCCAGACUCCAAAAUCAGCUCCCAGGAACCAUCAGCAACCCCCACCAGCUAGCUUGGCUUUCUACCAGGAGAAGGGCAUGGACCAUGGGGUGGGGAAGAAGGUGGGAGUGUGUACUGGUGGAGGGGGUCAGGGGAAGGGGGUGAAGUCUUUGGGCACUCCUAGGCUACCACCCAAAAGUCAGACUCCAGCCCCACUGCCACCUAACCCCCCACUGCAGCACCCCUCUCCUCCUCUUCCCUCAUCCCUUUGGAGGAAGCGGAGGCCCAAAAAGACAAAAGAGUCUAGUGGCCCUCUGUAUGAAAACAUUCUGCCCCUAGGCCGGAGAGGAGGUGGAAGGGAUAUGGGUCGAAGGCCCAGACCUUCUCCCCCUCUUCCAAUUCCAUUACCAGUAACACUUUCCCCAUCUUACACACCACCAUCGCCCUCACUCUCUCUUCCUUACACCUCCACCUCUUCCUCUACCUCUAGCACUAGUUCCUCCACCACAUCCUCUGCCUCUUCUUCUCGAUCCACCUCUCCCUCAACCACCUCCAGCACUACCUCACGCAGCACCAGAGAUAGAGAGGAAGAGGAAGAAGAAGACUUAGAUGAGCUGACAGAGGAGUCCAGUCUUCUGCAGGGACACAACCGACAUAACAACAGGGAGCGCUCCAUACUGUCCCCCAGAUCUCUUACACAUGGUCCACCACCACCCCCUGUACCCCCACGCAAGCCCCGUGGUUCAUUUGGAGAGCGUGAGCGAGAGAGAGAGGGCAGUAGAUUGAGGGAGAGAGGUGGCAGCCAGCUUGCUCAGCUUCAGGAGUGGUGGGCAGGAUGGGGAGAGAGAGAGAGAGAGAGAAACGGUGGAGGUUCUGGCGACACUGAACGGAAAAGGGAGAAAAGACACAGGAAAGAGAGGGAGAAGGAGAAAAAGAAAAAGAAAAAAAACAAGAAGAGGAAAAAGAGAGAAGAACGUGAAAGGGAAAGGGAGCGUAAGCGGCGGAAGGUGAAGAAGAAAAAGAAAAAGGUGAUGAAGGCAAAGAAGAAGAAGAAGGCAACCACUGGCAAGCAUUCAGAGCCAGAUGAAGGUGAUGUAGAGGUAGAGAGAGAGGGAGAGGGUGACGGAGAAAGAGAGGGAGAGUAUGCCUCCUUUUCCAACCAGUACCGGAGCACAUUUGGGGAAAAGGGAAGUCUCUUAGGUUGGGAAGGAGAGAGAGAGCGAGAGAACAGAGAUGGAGGGGAGGAUGUAGGAGAUGAACAAGAUGAGGAGAGUGGCGGAGGCCGGAGUAGAGAAAGACGGCCAAAGAGUAGCCAUUCACGCCACAGACCGUCCAGCAAGAGAUACCCAAAUCUCAACAAACUUCCUGCUUCUGUCAAAUUUUGGGUCAGUGGAGGGGGUACAGAAGCAUCUGGAGGCUCACCUCCCUCCUCAUUACAUACCAUUCUUCCAUCAACCAAGCGAAGGAGGAGCAGUGGAGCAGAGCGAGAUGUGACAGGAAGGGGAGGUGAACGUCGACCAUUACUCCUACACUAUGAGAGGGGCCGGGCACACACCCGAGAGGGGCUGUCCUUCCAUGAAUGGGACUCUGAGGAUGAAGAGGAAGAUGAUGAAGUAGAGGAGGAACAGGAAAGAGAGCAAGAGAGGGUAAGAGUGGAGGGAAGAGUGAGAAGGGCAGGAGGCAGAGGGGCUGUGUCUGAGUCUGAGAGGGAUCGCAUGAGAGCAGAUGAGAGUUAUUCUGAUGAUGGCUCCUCAGGGGAGUUUGGCCAGUUUGAAAGGUACUGGGAGGGCAAUGGGGCAGAAGGGGCAAGUGGAAUUGGAGGUGGAGGUUGGUUUUUUGGCACUUACCCUGCCAGAGAGAAAGGGGGAAGCAUCAACAGCAGAGAUGAUUCAGUAUUAGGUCGAACUGAAGGUUGGAGUGGAGAUUUUUGGGGUUCAGGCUCAGGGGUUGGGUGGGGCUCUGGAGGUGGAAGUGGGGGUCUUGGCUCACAAUGGCCACCUCCUCCAGCAUCACUACCACCUCCUCGACGGUACUGGUCAGUUGAUAAGCUGCCAAUGAAAAGUGCGAAACGUGGUCACAAUAGGUCAAAGAGCAAAGGAAAGAGGGCUCGAGAGAGGGAGCAGGAUAUGGGAUCGUGCUCGUACACACAGAUUAGCCACAGCAGAGUGCCCUGUCGCUCUAAACGGGGCAGUGCCACCUCCCACAGUCAGGAGGAGCUGCUGCCCCACUGCCACAGUCUAAAUGCAGGCUCCCGACCCAAACUUCCCCCCAAACCCGAUGGUGCCAAAUCUGGCAGCCAGUCCAACCUCAGCACCCAGCAAGCCCAACAUCCAGAGCCAGCAUCCUCCCCUACCCAAUCCCUACUACCUGCUCUCCCUGCAAGUUCUGCACCUUCCUCUCUCCCUGUGCCCAUCCCACAAGCCCCUUCUUCUGCAUCCAUGUCUCCCCCACCGGUAUUAUCACCUGGUACGACAAAAGGGGCUAGUGCUAGUGCUAAACUUCAGUACCAGAGACUGCGCUCUGUGCCCCAGCCCCGACGCUUCUACUCUCCCCACCUGCCCCUUAAAGCAAAAAGUCUGUGCUCACGACGUGGCUCUGCUCACUUUUCCAGCCUUGAAAGUGAAGUAUGACACGGGGCUUCGUUGCUGCACGUGUGUGUGAGCUCUAUGGUGAGAUGCAGAUGGACUGUGACGCACAUACACGCGCUGCACCAGGAUCAAGGCAGUGACUACAACUGCCAUGAUGGCGCCAGAGUCUGGGACAGUGGUGGUGAUAUCACAACAGGAGAUGAGUUGACAGAGGCUGUCUCCCCAACCACGGAAACCCCAGCUGUGCUCCACUUCCGCUCGGAACUGAGCAUCACAAUGUCGUCCGUAGUCCUGUCCUCCAAUGAGAACAGUGGAUCUAGAAUCUGUGAAUAAUGAUGUCAUGUUUACACACACACUGUCAUUCAAGAAAGACUUUUUUUGCUUCAAUGGGAAUUUUAUGGACUAUGGAAACCAUUAAGACUAAGGUUGCUUUUUUGAUUUUUAGUUUGCUUUUUUCGGCACGCUGGCUGUGGCCAAAAUCACUUCACUGGCUGACAAAUGGCCUUGCAUACUUUUUGCUGGGUUUUGCCACAGUGAUGCAGUGACAUUUUUUCUUUUUGUGUCCAACCCUCAAGACCACAUUGGACAGUGAUGUCUGAACUUUGACCUAAUUCGUUACGAGUCAAGAUUCUAUAGUACUUACGUUUCCUUUGUUGUAAUGCAAAAGCAUCAGCCAAUCAGAUCCCAUUAGCAGAAAUUCAUUGGCACUUGUCAGAACUGAUGCUGUGGUGUCAAACAGGGAUGUUACUAUAGUCUGCGAUGUAUUUUAACAGAAAAACAACUAAGGACAAAAACAGAAUACAUGUAGCAGUUUUUCUGUAUGGAUUUCUUUUCUUACUCCAGAUUCCCACUAAUCCUUUUUUAUUCUAUCUAUUGCGCUCACUGUGUUAGUAAAAGUAGAGUAGCUGUGUCUGAAGUUAAAUAGUAGAACUUUAGUCUUGGAUGCCAAAUAACACAGAGAAUUCAGAUUAUUAGAGUGGACCCAUGAUAUUUGAUCUCUCUUGUUGGCUUAGAGUAUUUAACACAAGCAAUACGUAACUGUCUUAACCAAAAUGAGGGUUGCAAUAUCUAUAAUUGGCACUAGAUGGCUACAUAAUAUUAAAAUUAGUUAAUAUUACUGAAUACUGAAUCAUGUCUUUUAAACUUAAUUGUAAUUUCAUUAUUUGUUCAAUAGUUAAGUAAUUUUGCAGAUAUAAGGUAUUGAGUGUGUUCCUAGCUCUCUCCACCAUCUUUUGAUAAUUAUUUGGCAGACACUAUUACCAGUGCAAAGAGAAAUAAUUUUAGAAAGCACAAAAGCUUUGGCUCAUGCCAGUAAAUGCAUCAUUUAAUACAUCAAGGGCAAAUCAAUAAGACCAUCAUUAUUCAUAAGAAUGAACACAGGUGCCAACACACACAAACUGAGCACAUAUCAGGGCUUUAGGUCUUCUAGAUUAGCUUACAUCAUGAAAUGUUACUGAAAUUUAUUUGACAUCAGGCACAACUCUUUUGCCCUUGUUGUAGUUGAAUGUAGCUUUAACAUAAUGUAGCAAAAUAUAGAAAUACCUUUAGACUUGUAGCAUUUUGGAUGCAGAUCUCAUGAAAAAACACACUCAUCAGGAUGUGAAGUACUUGCACAUGUUCUAGAUUAAAACACCCUUUACCCGAGAUUUCGCUUUUUAAUAGGAUCUGUGAUGUCUUUCUGUACAACGUAUUGCUUUAAUGAGGACGUUUUUUUUAAACAAAUUUGCUAAUAUUUGCAAUAUGAUUGAUUACUUUGCCCAUUUAUGAAAGGGUGCACAUAAUCGCAUAAGUUUGGGGAUGAAUAUGCUCAGGUAAUCAAGUGCGAUUUGUGUAACUGAAUUGUUUAAAACAGCUGCUCAGCCCAUCUUGGUCAGCUUUCUGAUGAUGCUUGGGCAAGUCUGGCAUGUUCGUGGAAAGUUUGGCUACACUGGGGAGUGGGGCAAGGGCUGAGGGACAGUUGAAUGGGUCCAGUGGGGUGUGUGUUCACUUGAUCUUUCACUGACCCUUGAAAGGCACUAACACAGUACUCUUUGACUGCAUGUACAGAACUGAAUUUUUCCAUGUAGCUUAAUUUUGCUGAGAAAAAUAUAUCACUAUAUAUACUGGGUUUUGUUUGUUUGUUUAUUUGUUUAUUUUUACUUUUUUUCCUCAGAAUGUAUCAUGUAAUGCUGUGAAUGAACUUUUCUCAUUGGAGGUCUCAUUUG